AUGAAAUUCGCAACUACGGUAGAACUCAAGCUUAGCAAUGGGAAGUACAUCCCAGCAUUAGGAUUAGGAACAAUCCCAUCAGGCGAUGCCAGUGAUGUCAAAGAUCAAGUUAUAACCGCUAUCAAGGCUGGAUACCGUCACAUUGACACUGCCUGGUUCUAUGGAUCGGAAAAGUACAUUGGUGAAGCCUUGAAGGAAGUAUUCCAACAAGGUAUCAUUAAGCGUGAAGACUUAUUCAUCACCACCAAGGUUUGGCCUUCGUUCUGGCACAGUCCUGAGAAAUCCUUAGAUAUUUCCUUGAAGGAUUUAGGAUUGGACUAUGUCGACUUGUUCUUACAACAUUGGCCAGUUGCUUUACACGGGGAUCAAAAUGGCCAACCUGCCGUCCCAAAGAAUGAAGAUGGCAGUUUAAAAUACGAUGAUGAUCCAGUUCAUGGAACCAAAUUUAUCGAUACCUACCAUAAGUUAGAAGAUAUUCUUGAAAACACUACCAAGACCAAGUCAAUUGGUAUUUCAAAUUACUCAAUUCCUAAACUUAAGCAAUUGUUACCAAAGAUUAAAAAACAUCGACCAGUUGUGAACCAAAUUGAACUUCAUCCACAAUUACCUCAAAGGGACUUGGUUGACUAUUGUGAAAGCAGAGGAAUUGUGAUUGUCGCUUACUCCCCAGUGGGUGGACCCGGUGCUCCAGUCUUGGAAGUUCCAUUGAUUAAGGAAUUAGCAACAAAAUAUGAUGUUUCCCCAAAUGAAAUUGCUGAAGCUUAUCAUAUUUUAAACGGCAGAGUUGCUCUUUCUAGAUCUUCUAAUCUUUCAAGAAUUAAGACAAUCACAAGAUUGCCAAGGAUUACUGAAGAUGAAUUGGAACAACUUUACCAAGUUGGUGUUAAGGAUCCAAAGAGAUACACUUGUGAUCCUUGGGGCUAUGGAUUGGGAUUCAAGUAUUGGAAAGGAGAUACCUUGAGCACUGAGUUUGAUUAG